AUGCUUCUGAUCUUCCUUCUCCCUCUGCUCGUCGACUCUUUCCUCUUUGGCUUCGGUGAGUUCGUCUGCCCUUUCAAAAUCCAAAUGAUAUUUCAGGAGGCGGCGGCGGCGGUGGAUGCUGUAACUCUGGCUGCGGAGGCUGCAAUUCCGGCUGCUCCUGUGCCCCACCACCUCCUCCAGUCUGUCUUCCUCCUCCACCUCCUCCCUGUCCGAUGCCUGUCCCAUGCCCUCCACCACCACCGCCUUGCUCUUGUCCUCCUCCUGUAACUAUGUAUCAAGUAAGUGCAAUUCCCUAAUAGCAUCUGUAUUCCGAUCUCUUCCAGCCCUGUAUGGUGCAGCAAUACGUGCCGAGAUGUGGAGGAUGCGGCAGUUACAGUGGGGGAUACGGUGGGUACGGUGGCGGCUGCGGAAGGAGAAGACGAUCGGUAAACAACCAGACGAUGAACUGA